AUGUCUCUCAACUCCAAAGACCAGACCCCCAGCCUCCCCCUCCACGAACCCUCCACCAACACAACCACAACACCCCCCUCCCAAACCCCCCGGUCUCGCCAUACCCUCCGUACCGAAGCUGCCGCCUUCAUCGGCGAAUUCAUCGGCACCUUCAUGUUCCUCUCCCUCGCCUUCACCGGCACACAAAUCGCCCUAAACGCAGCGGGCAGCAAAGAGCUAUCCGGUAGCGGCGACCCCCUUCCCGACGUAUCAAAACUACUGUACAUAGCCUUUGCGUUUGGUGCCUCACUCGCGAUUAACGUUGCUAUUUUCGCUGAUAUAAGUGGUGGGAAAUUCAACCCAGCCGUAACAACGGCCCUCUACCUCACCCGCAAAAUCCACUGGCACCGCGCCACCCAAACCAUCCUCUCCCAACUCAUCGCCUCCAUCGCCGCCUCGGCCUUCACUUCGGCCCUCCUCCCCGGCCCCCUCACCAUCGCCACCACCCUCUCCCCCUCCAUCUCCAUAACCCGCGCCCUCUUCCUCGAAGCCUUCGUCACUUCCCAACUCAUCCUCACCAUCCUCAUGCUGGACGCCGGCUGGGCCAAGCCAAUGUACAUUGGUGCGUCGCUGUUCGUCGCGCACGUGUGUAGUGUGUAUUAUACGGGUGCGAGUUUAAACCCGGCACGGAGUUUUGGGCCCGCCGUGGUGGGCGGGUUUACGGGGUAUCAUUGGAUUUACUGGGUGGGGCCUUUGCUGGGGAGUGGGGUGGCGAGUGCGGUUUAUGGGGGAGUGGGGUGGUUGAGGAGGGAGAGGGGGGAGGGUGUUGCGCCUGUUGUUGGUGUGUGA